CGCCCCCAGCUUUCUCCUGGCGGUCCCCACAACCUGUCGGGGCUCAUGGGUGGCCGGAGGUGAGUGCGGUGAAACCCUUCGACUGACGGAAGGGGGGAAGAGGCUGCGCGGUUUGCGGUGACUCGCUGUGAAGCCGUGGCGGCGGUUAGCUGGUGCGAGGCGAGCGACGCGUUAAAACGACCGCAGGACGGCUCGUGCCCUGGCGGUUCGGGGGGCACGUGAACGUCUGGACCGCAACCCGACUUUCUGUCUGCGUCAUAGGAGCUAAAGAGGUGAACAAUGGUGCUGUGUCCUGAAGGUUGUACAUCCGGAUCAGGAGGAGAAUCUUCUUGCAGUGAGGCGGGUUCCAGCUGUCUUCAGUUUGGAGUUCGCUCCUAUCUGCAUCACUUCUAUGAAGAGUGUUCGUCCUCCGUGUGGGAGAGGGACCCAGAGAACCGGGGGUCAGCCCACAGCCACAGAACCGCCCUGUGGUGGAACUCAGCUGUCUGGAAGGUGUCCUUGGCUCUGGGUCUGCUGAUGCUGACGGCAGGAGUUGUGUCUCUCUCCGUCGCUUACUCCGCACCCCACAAAAUCGAGUCCUUCGGCGAGGGAGACCUGUUCUUCGUGGACCCCCAGGCCAUCAGCUACAACAGGGGUCUGCACUUCAGCACGGCGUCCGGGAUCGGGCUGUCGUGCCUGGGCUCCGCGCUGGCUGUGAUGGGGGUGGUCGUCUGGGUCCUGCCCAAGGCCAACCUUAAAGAGCGGCUGUUCCACCGACCGAGGGAAGCUGAUCAGCGGGGGGAGCCGGGCUCGAAGUGGAGGGGAUUCAGGGAUGUGAUAACUAAGCCGCCAGAUACAGGAGAAGGAAAGAUGCCUUUUACUCUGGCUAAAGUGAAAAAUGUGCAACCCGCUUCCUAGAGAGAGGCACAUAAUCUGAUUCUGACCCCUUGUUUACAUCUCUUCCCUGUCGUCUCUGAUUGGAUUAUAGACUCACACAUGCUGUGUAGUGCGUUCACAUUUUAACUCUGAUUUUUCUUUUUAAAGUCUUCCAUCACCAUCUUCAAAACACAUCAAAUUUAUACAUUUUAUAGUCCGAAUUUGGACUAAAAAAAUGAUUUAUUUUUAUUACUGAAGUUCUUCUAAGGAUAACAAUUACUUUCUUAAGAUUUCCUUAAAAUACAGGUGUUUUUGAACAAAACUUUAAGCCAUAACUGGGUUACUUUAUGAGCCCUAAAGAACAUUAGAGGCACCUGAAGAGUUCUGAUAAUUAGAAAUAAUCAUAACAGCUUUACUCUUUAAUAAAAAUGAGACCCAGAGAAAUGACCCAGUUAACGUGAAGAAGCAGAAAAACAGAGCUAUUGACUGUGGGAUGUAUUUGUUCAGCACACAACCGUUAUAAUUUUAACACACACCCAAUAACACACCAGAUAGCUUAUUGAGUACAUACUAUAUUGACUGAUCAAACACAAUAAAAGUAUUGGUAUAAUGUAAGUUGUAAGGUUUACAGACAGCUUUCAGCUUGGUGCGGUUGACCGGCAACCAAAUGGAUCGAACUUGAAAAAUCCAGUUAUAUUUUAUCUUCUGUACAGUGAAUUUGCCCUACCUAAGAUGAUACUUUACACCAUUAACUACCACAAACGGUAUUCACCACAGAUGUAUUCCUGCAGUUUAAAGAACAUAUAUAACAUCAUACUUGGAAAUGAUUUUUUUUUUCAUACUUGUAGCUCAUGAUAGUUGCAGUAGUAGCACCACCUGUGAGACAAAAAGAUUGAGCACAAGAACUGAGAAGUCAACCUUAAACACAGAAGUCACCUCGAUGAAAGCAUGAAUAGAAAAGUGCUAAAUAAAAACAAAACAUAUGUCAGGAAACGGAUAGAAGUUUUAAUUUCUGCUCCGGUUCAAUUGUGCUCACAUUUCUGCUAAUCUGCUAAUAGCGGUGCUAAUUUUUAGCUCUGCGCUUUAGUAGUUUUGCUAGCUUGAAAAUGUUUAGCGCACUUAGCUUCCCCUCAGUUAAUUUUUCCAGAUAAAUCCCAAACUGAUUAUUUACUGGACUAUUUUGUAAACUUUCAAUUAAAUGAAAUUCAACAUCUUUGUUGAAGUUUUGGUUACCCACUCUUCAUUCAUGCUCUUAUUUUGAAGUGGGUGAAGGCUGUUUAAUCUGCAGCUCCGUUUCUUUUCUUUACAUGCUUUUUUUUUUUCUCUCCCUCCCAAUAAUUUUAUUUAAAGUUAAAAAAAAAAACACAUAAACAAAAUAAAACUGACGGUAGAGAUCAAGAUAUAAACAUAAAAACAAUAAGUAAGGACAUUAUACAGUGGUGUAAAAAAAAUGUGUGUCCCCUUUUUUUUUUUUUUUGUUUGUGUGAGCAAAUAUUUGUGAAUAAUGCUUUAAGGCUAGAGCGAUUAGUUCGUUGGAGACAGGUUACUGUUUUCUAAAUGAGGUGGACGAUUGUGAGGGGGAAGCUGAUGGUCAAAAAUGCACGAGUUUUGACUACAUGUUAAAUUAUCAGCACCAUCUAGUGGCCCGGCAUGACAACUACAGCUGCUGUGUUGUCUAAACAUGGAACUUUUUCCCCAAUCAACAUCUGAAAAUACCGGCAGUUUCCAGACUGCAGUCUCAUGUAACACAUGGUCGGUACAGUCAAACAGUCUCCUUCAUUUGGCUCCUGCACUGAAUAAAGAUAAUUGCAUCUGGCACAUAUUGUCAUAAGUGACAUUCAGGUGGAACAUUUUAAGAGACAAGUUGUUUUCUAUUUAUUAAUGAGAUUUGCUGUUAUCAGUAGACUUUUUUUUUUUUUUUUUUACCUGACGGACAGAAAAAUUUAAAUCCUACAAUGAAAGAGCAAAUUUUCCUGCUCGACGUACUUUGUGUCUCUCCAAAACCAAAACCUGUCAUCACCUCAGUCGUUUAGCUGCUGAAUCCCUGCUAGAGAAAUCUGUCUCCACUUCGACACAAACCACGUUGUGUUUCAUCCCGUACGUUUGGGAUGGUCCUUAUCAUCCCAGCUGUUUUGUAAUCCUUUCAAAAAGAGAAAUGGUUUUUGCUGAAUAAGAAAAAAAGAAAUCCAUCCUCCUCAGCUACCUAUUAUCAAGAAGCUCAAACACGUUUCCUGCACAGAUCAAAGCAGAGAGUGCUUACUCCAUCUUUUUCCUGCGGUGUCAGUAAGCAGCUUCAGAUUCAUUUGAUGUAAUACCUUUGGAUAGGUCUUUUCCUCAAACACAUUUUACUUUAACAAAAGCAGGCAAUCGCGCUCUCCGAUCCCAGACGAGAUGUAAUCGUUCGUAUAUGUGAGCUCCUCUCUGUUUUAGGCAGAUAAGACUCCGAAGGUUGUUUUUUUUUGGUUUUGUAACUCUUAAAGUAUAUUUGUUAUCCAAAAUGCUCCCACUUUAACGGAUAACAUAAGUUGUUUUCAUGGUAAAGAAGUAGAAAUCUUUUUGCAGCUGCAGCUGUCAAGAAAUAUGCCUAAUAUAAAAAUGUUAGCAGAUAUAAAGUGAGUAAACUUUAACCCACAGUAGCAUAUUUUUAACAUCUGAGAAAUUCACAUGCAGACUGUUAUUGCAGGUAGCUAUGGCAACCUUGCAAAUCGCACUAAUCGCACUAAGUUGUACACAGUUCAAGUCAUUCAUCUCUGUAAUUGUUUUGUCUUUAUUUUAUUAAAAUUACAUCCUAAUUGACUGGAUAGUUGCCUGGAGCACGACAGCUGUUUACUGCCACGUUCAAAUUAACUGAUAAGAUUUAAAAGAUCGAAAGUCAAAUUUUCAGUUCAUCCAGGAGUUACAAACUUUUUCCAACUGUUUAUGAUGUUUGUUGUGUUUUUUUGAGAGAGAGAGAGAAAUCUGAAUUCAUUCGACAGAUCAAAGCUGUACAAAACAAGGAAUCUCAAUUGGAGUCACAGUGAUUGGUGAAUAUUUUGCGUCACAACACCUCUUGUCUCUUUUAACUGCAACGUUUUAUUCCACUUCAGUUUUGGGGUGGUGACUGAGUUUGGCUGUAGACUGCCUGUUGUUUUCAAUCACUGUCCAGUGAUGGAGAGGAUUCAGUGGUCUAUGCUGUGGGUUUUACAGAGCAGCAAUAUCUCCAUCCUGACUAAGCGACUUGGUUUCAUAAGCUUUGUGGUUAUUCAGGUAGUUGUUUUGAUUUGUUUUAAUUAAGAAAACAGUAGAAAUAUGGAUGGCAACUCUUCUUUGAACUACUUUUUUGUUAAAUUACCAAUGACGCUCUGUAAUAUACCAUGUUCCUUUGACUACCUAAGAUUUGUAGAUUAUUUUAUUAUCUGUAAUUUUUUUUUGUUUUUCCAUAUAUUGUUAGACAUGAAAUGGAAGACUUAGAAAAGGGCAUGCUUUUUUAUUUUAAUUAGAUUGGAUUUUAUGUCUUUGACAAUUUAGCACUUUUAUUUUUAUUUUUUUUUAAUAUCAACAUUAUUUUAAAAUAAUAACUAUGACUUCCACAUAGAGGACCCUGUGUGAGACCCUCAUCAGUGCGGUGACAUGCAGACGGAGAUAAGAAAAUAUUUAUUAACCAACUGGUUUUACAUUUUCACACAUCUGCGCUAAUGCUCGGUUUUACUGUAUGAAACACAUGUAGAGUCACGCAUGCUGCCAUUCACCCGGUCACCCACACACACACACUGUAAUUUGUACUCCUUUGACAGUACCACCUAUUUUCUCCCCACUGUAAUCUGUUGCUGUAAUUGCCUGUAAUCUGUGUAUCUAGGCAACAGUUGGGCUGCAAGUGCUCUAUUUUGAACUCAGAACAAAGUCUCUCUCCUGAUUGGUCCUUCACACCGCCAUCUCUCUUUAUCAUCACAUGUAUCAGAUUUGUUGUUUUCAGGUAUAAACAGUAGUAGCGCUGAGGUAAAGGGAAAUUGCCACCUGUCCGGUUGGGUCCUCCUGUUCGCCAGGAGUUAAAAACUGUAAAUAGUGGGACCGCCGUAGUGUCGGGAUAUGCUGCAGUUGUUCAGGUGGAUGUGACCGUGUUUUGUCGUUUGCCAUUUUAUUGUUUUCCAGAAAUAAAACUGGGGUUAGCAACAGCAGUGAAAAGCAAAGGACCAAAAAUAAAAUUGUAAUCUGCAUACCAAGUA